GAAAUCUGUGCAGGUCCUGAUGCUACGGAGCUCGCGCUACCGCAUUGAGGGGGAUGUAGCAGUCCGACACGGGCAGAUGGGACCUCAAGAUCGACAGUGACUCACCGACAGCGCGACACUAGAUAACAAGGGAGGGAGAAAUGUGAUGGCGAUAAGCCUCGGUUACCUUGGACCUUGACGGGAAGAGACUGGGAAGACAUUGUCACACGGUGUGCCAGGUUGUCCUACACUUACGGAUCAAGGAGGAGUGACCAUGCUGCUGUACCAAGGUCCUGGGAAUACCGAUACUGGGAAUACCGAUACUGGGAAUACCACUGCCCCUCUCUAGCUGGAUCAUUUGAUGACAACUCCCACCAGAUUUCCUGACGGAUGAUAUAAUCCAAUUCAUCCCUCCAUAUUUUGGAUAUUCUGAUCGAAGCAAUAGUGGCACUGGCAAAUGUCAAAAUGGUUCCCGCCUUCUAUACACUUAUGUAUUUUUUCUGUUUACGCACUUUACAUAUAACAGGGACUUUCAAAACCGGAAUGUUCUCUUAUUAAAUUGUUCAAAUGUUUUUGUCAUUGGAAACUCAUCUGGAGAUAAACAUCUCUGACCCGAGGUGGGCAUGCACUACGUUAGGGUAGGGACCAGUCAUACAGCAUUGUUGAAGAUCUAAAGCUGUAACCUCAAUCCUAUGCCCUCAAAUGCUAACUUAGCCCCAUACAUUGUUGCGAAAGUAAAACCAUACUUAGCAUGCAUGCUCAACUGUGAAUACGAACUCUAUUAUUCAGGGUGUUCAGGAUCAGCCAUGAACAUAUAUCAGAGCAUGAUCGUUAUCUGUGCAACGUAGGUGUCAAUAUUUGCAAAGUAAUACCGUACGUGAAUGUAUUUUUACUGUGAAAAGGUAUACAAAAGUAUGUGCCAUCAUUUCAGUGUCUUAAAUCAUGAUUUAGAUUCCACUUCUUGUGAGCGUUAACGUGGACAAUACCAAUUAAUAACAUUCACUGUAUCUUCAUACAAAUCCUGGGACAAAACUUUCCCGGAGAGACCGCAGCUGACUUUACCAGAGACCGCAGCUGACUUUACCGGAGAGACCGCAGCUGACUUUACCAGAGACUGCAGCUGACUUUACCAGAGAGACCGCAGCUGACUUUACCAGAGAGACCGCAGCUGACUUUACCAGAGACCGCAGCUGACUUUACCGGAGAGACCGCAGCUGCUGUUGAAACAGUGCAUGGUGUCUCAGUGCAGGUUGUCUCUGGAACAUAGCACUGCUGCAUUAGUGCCUGCAUUCCUGGCUAGCUGGGCAUUCCUCCCUCCCCCUUCUUUCUCUCAGAAUGAGCCAGAAGUUGGAGAAGUUGGCCUUGGAGACAGACCAGCGCUGCCAGCCUCUGGUCUACACCGUGGAGGAGCUGGAGUGCAAGAUUUGCUACAACCGUUACGACACGCGCACCCGCAAGCCCAAGGUACUGGGCUGCCUCCACCGCGUCUGCGCCAAAUGCCUGAAGAAGAUCGUGGAGAACUCGUCCCCCAGCAUCGUCAGCUGCCCCUUCUGCCGCCACGAGACGCACGUGUCCGACGAUGAUAUCUGGUUGCUGCAGGACGACAGCAACAUCCUGGCAAUCCUCACCUACCAGGACCGCGCCAGGAAGAGUGGCGGUUCCAUCACCCCGAACGGGGAGGUGCUGCUCACCCCGGGCAGCCUGAGCGGGAGCGGAGGUGGAGGGGGUGGCUGUGGUGGUUCUGGGGGCGGCUGCGUCACAACCAGUGAGCAGUCGCACAGCUCCUCAGACUGCCUGGUCAUCACCAUCAUGGAGGUGCCGGGCGAGUCACAGUCGUCAGACUCCAUGAGCAUGCUCAAUAUGGUGCACCUGUACCGGCCCGCCAGCCUGGCCUCGCUGCCCUGCCGCUUGCCCGCGCAGAAGUGUGGCGCGUGGACCUCGCGCACCUUCCCCAGCUUCCUCAUUGGCGUCCUGUGUCUGGUCUACUUCUCAUCGCUUCCGCUGGGCAUCUACCUGCUGAUGAUCCAGCAGCUCACCCUGGGCAUCAUCCUGGUCAGCCUGGUGCCCUCCACCCUGGUUCUGUGUGUCUUCUACGGCUUCUGUCAAUGCCUGUGCCAUGAGAUCAUGCAGUCCAUAGCCACAUAGCCACGCCCCCUCUUUACUCCCCUCCCCCAUCCCGCUCCCUAAUGCCGAUGUAUUUCUAUCAGUGGAUGUGACAUAGCGAGACCUGUAAAAGACAAAGACAAAUCACCAAUGCAAAUCUAUAGCCCCUGUCCUUUGUAAAAUACACCCCCACCCACCCCUUCCUUUCCUACUUCAGAUAAUACCAGCACUAAAACGUCCAAGUGACCACUUGGAUUUGGAUGUAGGGCUUGACUAUUCAAGACAAGCCAACCUGUGCAAGGCCCACGGCCUGAUGAAUGGUUUUCUAAUUACACAGCUCAACCUGCGUCGGAUUGCUGCCGUUUUGUUUGUGUUCAUGCAGCUCACCGGAAUGGGCUUCAGUUAUUACUGUGACCAUCACCAAACUGUAUUGUUAAAAAAGAAUAUGAUCCUCUCAGUGUUAACCGUACUGUGGUAGAAUACCCAUCUGCUCGACCUAUGGGCAACGGACUAUGAAAACCCAUCGUUUUAAGGAUGUAUUCGGACACACAGCAUAGUCACCAUGUAUACUGUUGAAGUUCCUAGUUGCCUUUUAAAGGCAUGUCUGUUUGUGCCCCUGCAGUAACUUAACGUUGUAAAACCUGUCUGUGUCAUUGCAUUGGGAAAUGGACAAACCACCUAAACUGUUACUAGAUAUUUCAAUAAAAGACUCAAGACA